GGCGGGUCGGGGUGGUGGGUGUGGGAAUCGCGGGAGUCGGCGGUGCGGCGGUAGAUGGUCGCAUCCUUCCGCGACGGUGCUGCCAAAGGGCCGACGGUGCUGCAACGCGACACUUUGCAGCCGACCCUCUCCUUUUCCGCAACUGAUUCCCGCGACGGACCACCCGCUCUGCCUGCGCUGGCGAGCCACAACAGCGUACCAUGGCCUCUCCGCCGCCAGUGUCGCCGCUUCCGCCCGCGCCCGCCGAGGUGCUGCACUCCCCGAUGCCCGACCUGCAGUCGCUGCAGGGCGCGUACGUCGGCAACAUCAGCCGCCUGGAGGAACACGCCGAGCGCAUGAGCGAGGCCGGGUCCGACCUCGACGACGAGAUCCGCAGGCUACACGCCGACCUGAAGGCGGGCAGCGAUGGCCUCGCCCGCGUGCACUCGGGCCGCAGCCGCAACCUCUCGACGAGCUCGCACGCCAACUCGGUCGUCGACACCAACGGGCCCGCGCGCUGGGGCGGCUACUCGCCCGCGGGCUACGUCACGUCGCCCGCGGGCUCGCUCGCGUCGGGCUCGUGGUCGAACCCGCCGACGUCUCUGCAGCGCCAUCGCUCCGGCAGCAAGGCCUCGCGCCUGGGACAGGUUGUGCAUCCGGAGCAGGUGCGCGAGGAGCGGGACGAGCGGGGCGAAAUGGACGAGCGGGGCGAAAUGGACGAGCGGGGCGAAAUGGACGAGCGGGACGACAGGGACGACAGGGACAACAGGGACGAGCGGGACGAGCACCGCGGACGCCCCGGCUCGCCCAGCAGCAUUCUGGCCACGCCCGUCGAGCACCAGCGCCACGUCUCGUCCUUUACCCGCAAGUACGAGGAGAUUGCAAACGAGAUCCGCGACGAGAUCCGGAGUAGCGACCGCGACCGCGGCCGCGACGACGACGACCAGUACCACAACCGCGACCACACCCACACCCACACCUACGACGACGACACCCACAACGACGACACCCACCACAACGACGGCACCCACCACCCCUACCCGCACUACCUCCCCGACCGCCCGCCCACGGCCGCCUCCACCGACACCACCCACCAGGCACGCACCCUCUGGCAGGACUUUGACGGCACACACGCCCCAGACACGGUCCCCGAAGAGGACGAGCCGGACCCGUCCAAUGGCCGCCGCAGCCGCAGCUCGUCCUUUAUGAUGCCGUCCCUGGGAGCGCCGCCGCCCGAGGAGGGCAUGGUCUUCUACCCAGCCCCCGUGCCGCGCAUGCUGAACCUGCCCAAGCGCCUGUCUCAGCUGCCUGCUGGCGACGUGGCGGCACGACGGCGCACCCAGGUUCUGGACCAGAUGCAGGCCGAGAGCAGGAAAUCUGCCCCCUGGCUCAACGCUCCCGAGCCCCCGAAGAACCGGAAGAGUCGGCAGAGCUUCGCCGGCCUGCCUGCACAGCUGCGGGCGAGUGCCUUUUUCGACCAGCAGGCGCCUGCGCACGAGUUCGAGGUCAAGGGCGAGUCUGCCGAGGCCACCCUCGACAGCAUCCUCGAGGCCUCUGCUCGCGCCCCUGUGUCUGCCUUCACCGACAGUUCCUUUACCCAGGCACGCGACCGCAAGAGCACCAGGCUGUCCCUCAUGGACCCGGUCUAUGUAGAACCCCUGACAACCAAGAGGAGAAGCUCCUUCAACAUCCUCGACACCACCACAAACUCCAGCGGCGCCAAGCUGAACAAGCUCAAGAAGCGGAACAGCUCUGCAGACAUGAACAUAUUGGUCGCCAGGGCUGCCGAGAGCCGCAUGAGCUUGGGCGCUGACCUGGACCACCGGGACGACCUGGACGACCGGGACGACCCGGACGCGCGCGCACGAGCACCCAACAGCCACGACGCGCGAGCACCCGACAGCCACGACGCGCGAGCACCGGACAACCACGACGCGCCGUCGCGACGCACUUCUUCCGAGAGCCACGGCGGGCUCGAAGAGCAAGCCGUGGACGACGAGCCCGACAAGGACGACGAGCCGCACUUCUUCGGCCCCCCAACCACAUUGCUUGCUGAGCUCCAGCUGCGCAAAGCAAAGCAGAAGGAGCGGAACAUGAACUACGUCACAAUGGUCGAAGAAGGCAGGAUCACGUCGCACCGGACACUGCUCGACCUCAACGACGACGCUGAGCGGGAGCACCAGAAACGACUGAAGAAGAAGGUCCAGCUCGCGUGGGAGGCCCAAGACGAGGACGAUUCCGACGACGACGUCCCUCUCGGGAUCCUGUACAAACAGCCUCAGCGGAACAACGACUGGAACCGCCCGCUCGGCCUGAUUGCUCAGCGAGAGCUCGAGGAGAACGAGCCGCUCAGCAAACGCCGGGAACGACUGACGGGAGUCCCGAUCAGCCGCAAGGCAGCCACGCCCGGCGCGUACGACAGUCAAACACACCUCCAGCUCCCCGGAGCCCUCACGCCGCAGCCAGAGUCCGAGGAAGACGAGCACGCCGGCGAGACCCUCGGCGAGCGAAGACGUCGGCUCGCGGACAAGAAGAUGCUAGAAGAGGCUCUGGGCGACGACGUCCGCAACAGCACAGUGAGCGGCGACUUUGCCGCCGAGAUGCUCUCCAAGCUGGGCGUCGACGACGCGCCCCCAGCAUCAAAAGACGCGCCCCCCGCAUCAAAAGACGCGCCCCCCGCAUCAAAAGACGCGCCCCCCGCAUCAAAAGACGCGCCCUCAGCAUCAAAAGACGCGCCCCCAGCAUCAAAAGACGCGCCCGACGACGGCGAAGAGGAAACCCUCGGCCAGCGCCGCGCGCGCCUCGUAGCCGAAGCCGAAGCGCGCGGCGACAUGCUAAACCCCGGCGAGCGCGGCCUCAAGUCCAAGAUGAGCCUCGCCGACGUCCUCGGCGCAAACCCCUACGACGAGCAACACCAGGCGCGCAAGGUCUCCAACGAGCAGCUCAUGUCGCACCUGCCCGCGGGCUCGCUGCUGCACCAGAACGCCGUGCAGGAAGAGAGGCGCAAAGCGCAGCGCCUGACGCAGACGAUGCGGGCCAGCAGCCUCGGCCUCGGCAAUCCGCUCGUCAGCGGCGGCCUGAGCACGACCGCCAGGGACGACGACGACCAGCCGCUCGCGCUGAAGAUCCAGGCCUACAAGCAGAAGAUGGGCGGCCUGGGCGCGCUCGACCAGCCACGCGGCCAGUCCGUGUUCAGCCCCAUGGGCGCCAGUCCGGCCAUGAACAUGAGCCAGCCCGUCGGCAUGGGCGCGCAGAACCCGCUGAUGAUGGGCGCGCAGAACCCGCUGAUGAUGGCCCACAUGCAGCCCAUGCCGCAGAUGGGCAUGCCCAUGGCCAUGAACAACAUGGCCAUGAUGAGCCAGAUGAGCCUGCAGCAGCCCGCCAUGCACCCCGGCCUGGGCGCCCGCCAGAGCUCCAUGCCCAUGCAGAUGAGCAUGAUGCAGCCCGGGCCGCAGAUGAACGUCAUGGGCGGCAUGCCGAUGAUGCCGGGCGUGAACAUGCCGGGCGCGAACAUGCCGGGCAUGAAUAUGAAUGCCAACAUGCAGGGUAUGAAUGUCAACAUGCAGGGCAUGAAUGCCAGCAUGCAGGGCAUGAAUGCCAACAUGCAGGGUAUGAAUGUCAAUAUGCAGGGCAUGAAUGCCAACAUGCAAAAUAUGAACACGCCCAUGAAUAUGGGCCCGAUGGACCCCAAUAUGCUGCUGCUGCAGCCGAUGAACCCGCAGCAGCGGAACAACAUUGAGGGGUGGAUGAAGGGGAUACGGUAGUCUUUUUUUUUUUUUUUUUUCUUUCUUUCCUUUUUUUCCGGUUGCAGCGUGCAUCUAUCAUUCUGUUGGGAUUUGGUUGGGAGCGUUGCAUUGCAUACACGGCGUUGGGUUGGGUUGGGUUGUUUGUAAGAGCGGAUAUUGGGGCGUAUCUCUAUUGCUACUUCUGUUACUCCUUCCAUUGCUGCCAUAUGUUCAGAACAAAUCGAAGCAGCAUGCCGUGGAUUGUGACUGUCAGCUUUUCGAACAACUACACCUUGGGCAGAUGGAUGUGAGAAUGGGCAAAGCCAACAGCUGCGGGGGUCACAACAGUUCUUACCUUGGGUCACAACAGUUCUGACCUUGUCUUCUAGCUGCAAUGAGAGUACCUCGCCGUUAUUCGUCAUCCCGACGUUCA